AUGACUUUUGACGUGGAUUCUUCGUCCUUUUCCAGUGUCGGGGUUACAAACAAGUCACUAAACGUCAAUGCGACGGCCAGCGUCAAGGUUCCCGUGGAAAAUAUUUGGAACAGUCUAUCUAAAGUUCACCGUUAUCCCAUUAUUAACAGUGGGGAUAAUAUUGCUUUGAGGUUGGCCUUCACUUCUGGCUAUUGGUCAAAAAGAUGGUUCGGUUGUCUGACAUACUUCUGCAUCAUUUAUACCUGCCGUGGACUCGCUAUUGCUAGCUCUAAAUUGUGGCCUUCUUGUAACCAUUGGCGACUGGGGGUGUUUACCAUUACUGCAAAGGGAAAGAUGAACGGACAGCCAAUUGACAGCGGAGAUACCGUGUCACUUAGCUCGAACCGCUACGGGAGCAGUUACCGCUUAUCUUGCACUGCUUCUAACAACACUAAGUGCCGUGUGCAAUCUCUUACCAGUUCUAUGACCGGAAGUGAGUGGCUCAAGUAUUCCCAGGCCACUUUCCAGAUCUUCUCCAAGAACGCAGAGGAUGGUAGCCCUGUGCAAUAUGGUGAUGUGGUGGGCUUCAAAUAUCCCUACAGCACCAACAGCGCAUGGUUAACCUUCUACAAUAACAGGUUUUACCCGCGUAACUGUAGCUGUUGCAGUAAAUCAUCGUGUGCAGCCGAAAACACCAACACUGGCUUCAAUAUCUUCAAGAAAUUACUUUAA